AUGGACAUCAACGAACUUGCAAUUAGUGAAGCAGCUGUGGACAGUGCGGAUAAGGUGAGGCAGGAAUGUGGUAUUUAUUUCUUUACCACUUAUUCAUUUGAUGCACCUUAUAUUUGGGACAUAGUGCUUACUAACUGGAAAUCACUUGGACAUGACAGGUUAGUAUGUGAAAAGUUAGGUGGUCCCCCUAAAUGUGUAUUUAGAAAGGCACAAUCAUUCAAGCAAUUGUUAGAGAAGGGAGCUAAUGCUAGUACAUCCACUGCGAAGAACAUAGUGGUUGCAUACGACUGUCAGACCCAGACCUGGGAGGAGUAUUGUGAAGUGUUGGAACAUUUUUUUGAAGCAAACCAGAUACUGGAUGCGGGCCGGAAGCGAGCCAUAUUGCUGAGUUCGGUGGGCAGCAAGACGUACAGUCUGAUGAGGAACUUAUUGAGUCCUGAUAAACCGGGGGAUAAAUCGUUCAUGGAGUUGACGAGCUUGCUUCAGUCACAUUAUAACCCGAAGCCGAGUGCCAUAGUCCAAAGGUUCAAGUUAAAUUCAAGGACUAGGAUGGCCAAUGAAACGGUAAUGGAGUAUGUCGCAGUGCUGAGGGAACUGGCGCAACACUGUAAUUAUGGGGACAGACUGACAGAAAUGCUACGAGAUAGGCUCGUAUGUGGCAUUGCAGAUGACCGCAUACAACGCAGAUUGUUAGCGGAGCCUGAGUUGUCGUUUGAAAAGGCCUUGAAGUUGGCACAGGCCAUCGAGACGGCGAAUAAAGACAUUCGUGAUUUACAACCAAGAGCCAUCGAAGGGGUGGGGAGCAGGGGUGCUACCCCACUGCCAGUGCAUAAAGUGGUCGGGGAGCAUAAAUCACCAGGGAAGUCUGGUCAGUAUGCCUGUUAUAGGUGUGGUGGAGAACAUCUGUCAAGGAAUUGUCGUUUUUUAAAUGCAAAAUGUCAUGCUUGUGGGAAAAAGGGCCAUGUGAAGAAAAUGUGCCGAUCAACGCCCUCUAGGGACCAGCCGAGAAAGGGGGAGGAAAAGAGCAGUAUGAUGGACAGAAAGGGAAACCGAAAAAUAAAACGGCAGUAUGCUCACCACAUGCAUGAAGGUGGAAAUCAAAACACCAGAGAAGAUGAGGAAGUGUUCACUAUGUUUAACAUGGAAGAGGCAAGGUGGGAAAGAGUUGAUCCCAUCAUAACCCAGCUGGACUUAAAUGGUAAAAUGGUGCAGUUUGAAGUGGAUACGGGAUGUAGUGUGACGGUUCUGUCCAAGGUUGAGUAUGGAAAGUUAUGGCUAAAAGAAGCUCAGAAGCUGCGGGACUGUUCAGUGACUUUGAAAACAUAUACCGGUGAAACAGUUCCCACACUGGGGAUGGUCAAAGUAACUGUCAAACAUAAAGAUAAAGUCAAACAGUUGCCAGUCAUGGUGGUAGCAGGUAAUGGACCAAACCUGUUAGGCCGAGCGUGGCUAAAGGAGCUGGAAAUGGGGUGUCUACGGCUCCAUAAAGUAGAACAGCAGGGGCUGGCCUUGCAAGAUGUGCUGGGGAACAACAAAGAAGUGUUCAAAGAGGAACUGGGGACCUGGAGGGGUCCACCAGCAAAGAUACACGUUAAAGAAAACGCAACGCCAAGAUUUUACAAACCUCGACCCGUACCAUAUGCAAUGAAGAAGAAAGUGGAGACUGAGUUGGAGCGACUCACCAAGCAAGGUAUAAUUGAACCAGUGAAGUUUUCGGAAUGGGCGGCACCAAUUGUUCCAGUAUUAAAGCCAGAUAAUACUGUACGCAUAUGUGGUGACUACAAGCUAACAGUGAACCAAGUUUCGAAGCUGGAGCAGUAUCCAUUACCCAAGGUGGAGGAUGUAUUUGAAAAGCUGUCGGGAGGUGAAAGGUUUAGUAAACUGGACCUCAGUCAGGCAUAUCAACAAGUAGUUCUGGAAGAAGGGUCAAAGGCCUAUGUCACCCUUAACACACACAAAGGGCUGUUCCGAGUCAAUCGUUUACCUUUUGGGGUUUCCUCUAGUCCAGCUAUUUUCCAAAGAAUAAUGGAGGGACUGGUGGCAGGAAUUCCGAAGGUGGCUGUGUAUCUGGACGACAUCCUGUUAAUGGGGAGGAACAAUGGCGAGCAUCUGGAGACUCUGAACGAGGUGCUAAGUCGACUGCGAGAGGCUGGUUUACGAGUAAAGAGGAGUAAAUGUGCUUUCAUGGUAAAGGAAGCAGAGUUCCUGGGUUACAAGGUGGAUGCCUCGGGCCUACACCCCCUGCCAGACAAGGUAAAAGCCAUCCAAGAGGCACCGGCACCCACAAAUGUUACAGAGCUGAAGGCUUAUUUAGGCUUACUCAAUUAUUAUAACAGGUUCCUACCAAAUCUGUCAACGCUGUUAGCUCCUUUACAUAAACUGUUAAGGAAGGAGACCCUGUGGAUGUGGCAGGAGGAACAAGACAAAGCGUUUGAGCAGUCCAAGGAACUAAUGCAGUCAUCAGAGGUUUUGGUACACUACGAUAGUCACAAGGACUUAAUUUUGUCAUGUGAUGCCUCACCGUAUGGGUUAGGGGCUGUGUUGGCACACCGGAUGCCAGAUGGACAAGAAAGACCCAUUGGGUUCAUGUCACGCACCUUAACUCCAGCAGAGUCAAACUAUUCCCAGCUAGACAAAGAGGGUUUGGCUGUAAUGUUUGGAAUUAAGAGGUUCCACAAAUACCUCUAUGGCAGGAAGUUUGCUGUGUGUACCGAUCAUAAGCCGUUGUUGUCACUGUUCAACGAGAUGACGGCCGUGCCUCAAAUGGUUUCCCCCCGAAUUCAGAGAUGGGCUGUAACAUUGAGAGCUUAUGAAUAUGAGAUUGUUUAUAAGCCCGGGAAACACCAUAGCAAUGCGGACGCGUUGAGCCGUCUGCCGCUACCGGGGCCUCCCCAGCGAGAGGAAAGGGAGGACCGAGUGUUGAUGAUGGAGGACAUCACAUUGGUGUCAGCAAAGGAAUUGAGUGACUGGACACGAAAAGACCCGGUGUUGGCUAGAGUGUUUCAAUGGGUCCAGCAAGGCUGGACAACACAACAACCUGAUCCAGUUUUCCGGCCUUAUGAGGUGAGGAAAACAGAGCUGAGUGUGCAAGAUAGAUGCGUGUUGUGGGGGGCACGAGUGAUAAUUCCGCCCCCAGGAAGACGUGCACUUUUACAACAGCUGCAUCAGGGUCAUGUGGGCAUCACCCGAAUGAAGGCCUUAGCACGAAGUUAUUUCUGGUGGCCAAAGUUGGACCACGACAUUGAAGUCGCUGUGAAAGAGUGUAAAACCUGUCAGCAGCAUCGUAACUUACCUGUGGCGGCACCACUACACCCAUGGGAGUGGCCGAGUAGACCUUGGCAGAGACUUCAUAUAGACUAUGCAGGACCUUUUAUGGGGGCAAUGUUUUUGAUAAUAAUGGAUGCUCAUUCUAAAUGGAUGGAUGCCUACCCAGUCAAAACACCCACUUCCACCAUGACCAUUGAAUGCCUGAGAAAGAGUUUCAGUAGCCAAGGAUUACCCGAGACUAUUGUAUCAGAUAAUGCUUCAUGUUUCAUGAGUGAAGAGUUCAAGGGGUUCCUGGAAAAAAAUGGCAUUGUACAUGUCACAUCAGCACCGUACCAUGCGGCUUCAAAUGGCUGUGCUGAAAGGGCUGUCCAGACCUUUAAAGCGAUGAUGAAAAAGGCUGGAGACGGAAGUAUGGCAGCUAAAGUAUCAAGGGUGUUAUUCAACUACCGCAUUACACCCCAGUCUACCACGGGAUUGUCCCCUGCCGAGAUGUUGCAAGGACGGAGAUUAAGAUCCACGUUGGAUCUGGUGCAUCCAAACAUCCGAGCUAAGGUAGAGAGGAUACAGUGGAGACAAAAAGAACAUCAUGAUCGACGACGGAGAGAGAGAAGUUUCCUGGAGGGAGAUGCAGUGAUGACGUGAAACUUCAGUUAUGGACCUAAAUGGGUUCCAGGGUUUAUUGUCAAGAGCACGGGUCCCCUGUCGUACCAGGUGAGGUUGAAUCGAGGUUUAAUGGUGAGGAGACAUGUGGACCAGAUUCUGCGGAGUGCGCAGGAGAAGGACUCCAUGGAACUGCAAGCCCCGGAAAUGCCGUUUGUUUCGGGAGAAGGGCUCGCAGCGGCAGGAGGAUCUCCGAUCUUGGGGGCCGAGGGAGACCGCCGGGACUCGGAAGGAGAGGUUCCCAAGGAUCCAACUGUUCCAGGGAUGGACACACCGGUACCAGAGGUGGUCUCAUUAAUACAGCCUCACUAUUGCACGUCAUGUUGCAGUCUUCACCGAUAA